AUGGGAUGUAGCGGGCGGCUGCUGGGACCCGCCGGGGGCCGCCGCGCCUCGCUGCUCCUCACCAUGAUCCUCUUCUUCACCUACUUCUUCUCCUGCCUGCCCGGGCCCUGCGAGCCGCUGCCGCCCGCGCUGCUGCUGCCCGCGCCCGGCGCGCUGCCCGCGGGGCCGGGGGGCUCGGGGGGCGCGGGGGGCGCGGGGGGCGCGGGGGGCGGCAGCCGCCGGUUCCCCCAGGCCAUCAUCGUGGGCGUGAAGAAGGGCGGGACGCGGGCGCUGCUCGAGUUCCUGCGGGCGCACCCCGGGGUGCGGGCGGUGGGCGCGGAGCCCCAUUUCUUCGACAGGUGCUACGAGAAGGGGCUGCGCUGGUACAGGAGCCUGAUGCCAAGGACUCUGGAGGGACAGAUCACCAUGGAGAAGACUCCCAGCUACUUUGUCACCAAGGAGGCCCCUCGGCGCAUCUACAACAUGUCCCGGGACACGAAGCUGAUCGUGGUGGUUCGGAACCCGGUCACCAGGGCCAUCUCGGACUACACACAGACCCUCUCCAAAAACCCCUCCAUCCCCUCCUUCCAGGCCCUGGCCUUCAAAAACACCAGCACGGGACUGAUUGACACGAGCUGGAGCGCGGUGAGGAUCGGGAUCUACGCCAAGCACCUGGACAACUGGCUGCAGUACUUCCCCCUCUCCAAAUUCCUCUUCGUCAGCGGGGAGAGGCUCGUCAGCGACCCGGCGGGGGAGAUGGGCCGUGUCCAGGACUUCCUGGGCCUGCAGAGGGUGGUGACGGACAAACAUUUCUACUUCAAUGAGACCAAGGGCUUCCCCUGCCUGAAGAAGCCCGAGGGCAGCAAACCCCGCUGCCUGGGCAAGUCCAAGGGGCGGCCCCACCCCAGGAUCGACCCGCAGGUGGUGCAGCGCCUGCGCGAGUUCUACAGACCCUUCAACAUGAAGUUCUACCAGAUGACAGGGCAGGACUUUGGGUGGGACUGAGCCACCCCCGGGGCACUCCACCACGCUGGGACCUGCUCUGCUCAGCACUGUUUGGAGCCAGGACUGCAAUCCAGGGAUGCUCCGGGCUGCCGGGGUCCAGGGAUGCUCGUGGUCAUUGUGGUCCAGGGAUGCUCGUGGUCACUGUGGUCCAGGGAUGCUCGUGGCUGCCACAAUCCAGGAAUGCUCAUGGUCGUUGCCCAGGGAUGCUCGUGGUCAUCGUGGUCCAGGGAUGCUCGUGGCCGCCCCACCAGCAACCUCCUCCCUUCGUUCUAAUUUAUAUCGGACCUUUUCUGGCAAGAAAUGGACUUUUCUGGAGUAGAGAGAAAUAUUUAAGAAAUAAAACCACAGAUGGCCCCUCUCCCCGCCCUGACCAGAUUAAAUAUUCUUCCAUAUAAAUCUUGCUGAUCUGUAUUGACCGGGACUGUUCCGGGUGGCAAGGGGGACGUGUGGAUGUGUGGAUGGGGCUCUGUG